GAGCCAGGUGCCACUUGGAAUCACUGCAGGGCCGGCUUCGCGAGGUGGCUCGUCUGAGGCUGCGCGUGUGGGGCUGCGCGUCGCGAGGAGUUCCCACGAUCCUGCCCCCCACCGCCGCUGACGCGGGCUUCCGCCACAGAUUUCUGCCAUUGAACUCUGAGGCACAGAAUGAUUUGGGAAGUAGCCGUAUUGCUCAGCGUGGUGCUGGGCGCCGGUGCUGUUACCGUGGAUGACCCCGAGGAUGGAGGCAAGCACUGGGUGGUGAUUGUCGCGGGCUCCAACGGCUGGUAUAAUUACAGGCACCAGGCCGAUGCAUGCCAUGCCUACCAGAUCGUUCACCGAAAUGGGAUUCCUGAUGAGCAGAUCAUUGUGAUGAUGUAUGAUGACAUAGCCAACUCAGAAGACAACCCUACGCCAGGAAUCGUGAUCAACAGACCCAAUGGCUCUGACGUGUAUGCGGGGGUCCUGAAGGACUACACCGGCGAGGACGUCACCCCGCAGAAUUUCCUCGCCGUCUUGAGAGGUGAUGAGGAAGCAGUGAAGGGCAAAGGAUCUGGAAAGGUCUUGAAGAGUGGCCCCCGGGAUCAUGUGUUCAUUUACUUCACCGAUCAUGGAGCUACUGGCAUACUGGUGUUUCCGAAUGACGAUCUUCACGUGAAGGACCUGAAUGAGACCAUCCGUUACAUGUACGAACACAAAAUGUACCAAAAGAUGGUCUUCUACAUUGAAGCCUGUGAGUCUGGGUCCAUGAUGAAGCACCUGCCCACCGACAUCAACGUUUAUGCGACCACCGCUGCGAACCCCACAGAGUCGUCCUACGCCUGUUACUACGAUGAGAAGAGGUCCACGUACCUGGGGGACUGGUACAGCGUCAACUGGAUGGAGGACUCAGAUGUGGAGGAUUUGACCAGAGAGACCCUCCACAAGCAGUACCAGCUGGUGAAGUCCCACACCAACACCAGCCACGUCAUGCAGUACGGGAACAAGUCCAUUUCCACCAUGAAAGUGAUGCAGUUUCAGGGAAUGAAACACAAAGCCAGCUCUCCUAUCUCCCUGCCUCCGGUCACACACCUGGACCUCACCCCGAGCCCCGAGGUGCCCCUCACCAUCCUGAAAAGGAAGCUGAUGAGCACCAAUGACCUGCAGGAGUCCAGGAAUCUCGUGGAGCAGAUCCACAGGCAUUUAGAUGCAAGGCACAUCAUCCAGAAGUCCGUGCAGAAGAUCGUCUCCUUGCUCACCAGCUCAGAUGCUGAGGCCGAGGGGCUGCUAUCGCGGAGAGCCGAGCUCAAGGCACACGAGUGCUACCAGGCCGCCGUGUCCCACUUCCGCACACACUGCUUCAACUGGCACUUGUCCACGUACGAGUACGCACUGAGACACCUGUACGUGCUGGUCAACCUUUGUGAGGAACCUUACCCGAUUGACAGAAUACGGCUGGCCAUGGACAAGGUGUGCCUUCAAUACUACUGAAACACUGCCUCCCUGAUGCUUUUCCACGAGUGAACACUGUCCCUCACAACGUGUGCUCAGUCAGAAGAGGGGGAGCCGGCGGGAGGCCCCCCCAGGAGCUCCGGGCUCGCCGAGGCAAUGCGGUCGGGCCACCCGCCCUGCGGGCCUUACCUCCUUCCCCAGCUCCUGCAGGUCCUUUGUGCCACUCCAAUAAAACUACACAUUGGCCUGGGUAAA